GAGGAUUUAAACAUCAUUCAAUACGAAAGAUCCUUGGAAUUUGACAUCCUCGACACUUCAAAGACUCAAGACCGUCGAAACUAGCAUUUGAUCUCUUUCCAGUUGUCUUCACACAUACUCACCUCACCAUGUCGUUUGCGAAAGUCACUGGUGUUGCGCUCGUCACAGGUGCAGCUGCAAGUAUAGGUCGUGAGACGGGUUACGCAUUUGCCGAAGCUGGUGCUCUCGUCGUGGCUUUUGCAGAUAUCAAUUUCGAAGGUGCCAAGAUGAGUGCAGAGAAGAGUAAUGGCUUUGCAAAGAACUCUAGUUAUCAAUCUUUUGCAAUUCAAGUUGAUGUUGCGGAUGUAGAUAGUGUUCAGUCGAUGGUUGACAGGAUGGUAGAGAAAUUCGGAAGAAUCGAUUAUCUUGUUCAUAGUGCUGGUCUAGGAGCCACCUCUCUCAAGCCAACCUCUGACCUUGAUAUCGCCAAUUUUGACGAAACUCUUUCCGUCAACACACGCGGAACAAUGCUGAUCACACGAGCAGUAACUAAAGCCAUGUCGACACAAGAGCCUCUUACGACUAAGGGUCGUCAUGGCGACGAGCGAAGUCUGGGUCGAGGAUCUAUCGUGCAUAUCGCAAGUGCUUUUUCGUAUAUUGCAGCCCCGGGAAUGAUGGCUUAUGUUGCUUCCAAACAUGCGAUGAUGGGAAUAGUUAAAGUCGCCGCCGUCGAUAACGCAAAACAUCAAAUCCGGAUAAAUGCACUCUGUCCAUCAUGGGUACAAACUUCAAUGCUGGAACGCAGUCUAGAGCGAUGGAAAGGACUCGAAGCAAUUAUUCAAAAAGCUUCACCGGCAAGAAGAGCGGCUACGGCAGAAGAGUUAGCGAAUAUUGCAGUUUUUAUGUGUAGCCCUUCCGCUAGUUAUGUUAAUGGAUCGGGAUUGAUUGUCGAUGCUGGCAUGACAGUUACGGCGCAUAUUUGAGAGAUUAAUUCAAUUAUGAGGGUCUGGGAAUAUCAAUCGGUUAAUAAUGGGAGUUGUGACGGCGGUGGUAAAUUGAGUUGCUGCUGUUGCAGUGGUUUGCUGAUGGAUAUGAAUAAUGACACA